AUGAAUCCGAACAAGAACCUCCCAUGCCGCGAGCCAGCAACAGCGAAUAAGACAAACCAAACGCUGCAAGACUUGGGCUUCACAAACCCACUAAGAGCAGUCAGCAACAACGCCAAAGAUGACGGCGAGCUCAUAUCAGCCAAAACACCAACUGACUCCAAUAUCGGCCACGCGAAAGGUUUCGGGGAAAGCAUCGCCGAGGCGAUGUCAACCGCGAUGCAGCUCCCCAUAGCAACUGCCAACUACCAGUUGAAGCAGGAAGUCAAGCGCUCGGCAUCCAGUGAGCUCCUAAAGAUCGAUGAUCUCAACAUCUACCAAAGCGCAUGCGCCGCAUACAAUUUGGGAUUGGAAAGAGGUUGGAGCAAGGAGAGGCUGCUGGAGUCGGUCGAGGAGUGGAGGGUGUUUGAGGCGAAUUCGAGGCGCAAGUAA